AUGAGCGAACAGAUAGAAUUCUUGCAAGAACUUGGCAAAAAGGCUAGAGAAAUGCCGCCAGAGCAGCAAGAGAAAAUGAGCGAUACAGGCAAAGCUCUAAAAGAUGCUGCUGAAGUCGGUUACGAUACGAAUAACCCUGAAGAGGACGUCAAAAGUGUUUUGGACAACAUGGCGGAAAAGUUGACUGAAGUGAAAAAAGGCGUUCGUUCACUAUUACUUUCUUAUGAAAAUGAUGCAAAAGAGUCCGCUUCAAGCGCAAUGGAUGCUACAAAAUCGGGCAAAGGAACGUAUCCAACUAGCAAUUUAGGCCAGACGGAGGAGAAUAUCCGCGAAACAACGGAACGAAAGCUAGAUCAUUUGGAGAAGAUGGCAAAGAAAAAGGUAUAGAU